GGCGAACGCCCGCUCGCCCGGACUAUGAGGAGCGGGACCGGGCGGGGGGCGGCAGCAGCGGCGGCGGCAGCAGCCCCGGAGCGGCGGGAGCGGGGGCGCCGCCGCCACCGGCCGGGUCAUGCCCGUGCGCCCGGGGCGGCGGGGCUGCGGGUUACGGCGGGAUGGGCGCGCUCCGGGCCGGCGCCCUCGCCUUCCUCCUCCUCCUCCUCCUCGGCUGCCUCCUGCCCCGGCGCGGCCCGCUCAGGCUGGUCUCAGGGCGGGAGGAGAUUAAAGCUGCUUCCCGACGUUUGCCCCAGCCCAUGUCACCCUCUGAUUUCCUGGACAAGCUUAUGGGACGAACAUCAGGGUAUGAUGCCCGGAUUCGACCCAACUUCAAAGGUCCACCUGUCAACGUGACAUGCAACAUCUUCAUCAACAGCUUCGGCUCCGUCACGGAGACCACCAUGGACUACCGGGUGAACGUCUUCCUGCGGCAGCAGUGGAACGACCCCCGCCUUGCUUACCGCGAGUACCCCGACGACUCCCUUGACCUUGACCCCUCCAUGCUUGACUCCAUCUGGAAGCCAGACUUGUUCUUUGCCAAUGAGAAAGGGGCCAAUUUCCAUGAGGUCACCACUGACAACAAGCUGCUGCGCAUCUUCAAGAAUGGCAACGUGCUCUACAGCAUUAGGCUGACGCUGAUCCUGUCCUGCCCCAUGGACCUCAAGAAUUUCCCCAUGGACAUCCAGACAUGCACCAUGCAGCUAGAGAGCUUUGGCUACACCAUGAAUGACCUCAUCUUCGAGUGGCUGGAGGAGCAGGAGGCUGUGCAGGUUGCAGAGGGCUUGACACUCCCACAGUUCAUCCUCAGGGAUGAGAAGGACCUGGGCUAUUGCACCAAGUACUACAACACAGGCAAGUUCACUUGCAUCGAGGUGAAGUUCCAUCUGGAGAGGCAGAUGGGUUACUACCUGAUCCAGAUGUACAUCCCCAGCCUGCUCAUCGUCAUCCUCUCCUGGGUCUCCUUCUGGAUCAACAUGGAUGCAGCCCCAGCCCGGGUGGGCUUGGGCAUCACCACCGUGCUCACCAUGACCACACAGAGCGCCGGCUCCCGUGCCUCCUUGCCCAAGGUCUCCUACGUGAAGGCCAUUGACAUCUGGAUGGCAGUGUGCCUGCUCUUCGUCUUUGCCGCCUUGCUGGAAUACGCGGCCGUCAACUUUGUCUCCCGCCAGCACAAGGAGUUCAUGCGCCUGCGCCGGCGCCAGCGGCGGCAGAGGAUGGAGGAAGAGCUCGUCCGUGAGAGCCGCUUCUACUUGCGAGGCUACGGGCUGGGCCACUGCCUGCAGCCCAAGGACAGGGCUGGGGAAGGGCCCAGCAUCUACAGCCCCACCCCAGCCACGCUGCUGCGGGAAGGGGAGAGCCUGCGCCGGCGGUACCUGGACCGGGCAAAGCGCAUCGACACCAUCUCCAGAGCUGUCUUCCCCUUCACCUUCCUAGUCUUCAACAUCUUCUACUGGGUUGUCUACAAAGUGCUGCGCUCAGAGGACAUCCACACAGUGCCCUGAGGGCCUGAAGAGCUUGACUGCCUCUCAGUCUGACACCCCAGCAUGCCCGGGUGCCAUGAGCUCAGCUAGAACCACAGUCCCUUCUGCCCCAGAGCAGCAGCACAGCUGGGCUGGGGUCUCAGAGCCUGGACACAUGGCAGCCCACACACCCCUUCAGAUGCUGGGGCAUCAAGGAGGGGUAUCAGCAACCCCAGAUCCACACAGUCAGCUGGAGAGAGGGAACCCUCCUGCAUGGUGUCACUCCUGGUUUCCCAGGGAAGCUGUGCUGCUGGAGGAGCCCCAGGUACCCAGGGAUGCUGCACUGCCACGGCACGGGGGAGCCCCAGUAGUUUGGGAAGAGAAACAGCUGGUGGCCAGGGAACACCACUUUCCAGCCAAACACCCUCCUCCUCUCUGCACUUUCCCACACCUGUCAAGCUUCUCCAUGCUGUAUCACUGAACUGUGGGGCACAGCUACCCAGGCAAGAGGCUGCAAGUCCUCUUUCCUCCCUUGGUCUGGAGUUCAGAUGCAGGGAACAGCAGGCAGCACCCCUGCCUGUGCCCGGACUGUGGAGUGCUGGCUAUGGCCCCACGGUCCUCCGCCCAGCAAUGGAUCGGGCCUCUCCAGCCCCCAGGAAGCUCCAACACGCAGCAGAGCAGCGGGGCGGGGAUGCUGCGCGG